AUGGGUGAUCAAGGAUUUCUGAAACAAAAGCCAGGAUUUGCCACUACUGCAAUCCAUGCAGGUCAAGAUCCAGACAAAUUUGACUCAAAAGCUGUGGUUCCACCUAUUGUAACUGCAACAACAUUUAAACAACCAGCACCUGCAGAGCCAGUGAGCUUUGAAUAUGGCAGAUCUGGAAAUCCCACAAGAAAUACAUUAGAAGAGUGCUUAGCUGCUCUUGAUGGGGGCAAAUAUGCAUUAACAUUUGCCUCAGGCUUAGGUGCAACCACUACGAUUGUUUCUCUUCUUAGCAAAGGCGAUCAAAUUAUAUCGUGUGAUGAUUUGUAUGGUGGAACCAACAGACUAUUUAGGCAAGUAACAGAAAGAUUCGGAAUCGAAACAAAAUUUAUUGACUUCACUAAACCUGAACUACUUGAAAAUGUUAUACAAAAGAAUACAAAGAUGAUCUGGAUAGAAACACCGACAAAUCCGCUAUUAAAAGUUAUAGAUAUAGCAGCAAUUUCAAAGAUUGCCAAAAGCCAUAAUAAGGAGAUUUUGGUGGUCGUGGACAAUACCUUCCUCACGUCCUACUUACAAAGGCCCCUUGACCACGGCGCUGAUGUGGUCAUGUAUUCCUUAACGAAGUACAUGAACGGCCACUCAGAUGUUAUAAUGGGAGCUGCUAUACUAAAUGAUAGUAUCAUUGAAAAAAAACUGAGGUUUUUACAAAAUGCGAUGGGUAUUGUUCCGUCUCCAAUGGACUGCUACUUCGUGAAUAGAAGUUUGAAGACAUUAGCUUUAAGGAUGGAACAGCACAAGAAGUCUGGUCUCAUCGUCGCCAACUGGCUUCUGAAACAUCCAAAAAUUGUUGAAGUCAUGCAUCCAGGUCUUCCAUCACACCCCCAAUACCAAGUAGCCAUUAAGCAGAUGACAGGACACUCGGGUGUAUUCAGCUUCAAGCAUUCCGGGGGAUUGAAGGAGUCUAAAAAGUUCUUAAGUGCUCUUAAAAUAUUCACAUUAGCAGAGAGUUUGGGAGGAUACGAGAGUUUGGCAGAGCUACCAUCGCUUAUGACACACGCGUCAGUUCCCGCAGAACAGAGGGCGGUUUUAGGAAUAACGGAUUCACUUAUUCGUCUGUCGGUCGGCCUCGAGGACACCGACGAUAUAAUCAAAGAUCUAGAUCAAGCAUUGACAGCUGCAUUUCAA